GAAAAACAGUAAAUGCAAACCAUGGAUGAAAUUUAUAAAGUUGCUUCCACAGAAAGGAUUCAGAUGUUGGAGAAAGAACUGGCUGCACAAUUGACUGAACUGAAGUUUGAGAUAGAAGAACGGGGGACCCUUCUGGGAACAGCUCAUCGAACUUACAGCUCUGUUCGAAUACCAAAGGAUAUUUCCUACUAUAGAAGAGAAAGAGAACUGGCUCUAAAGAAAACUUUACAGGUGGCUGAGUCAAAGCCGCUUGUUAUUCAAGCAGAUGUCAUGCAGAGGGAGCUAGAGAGCUGCCUAAGAAGAGAGUACACUCCUGAAAAUUUACCUUUGCUUCUGUUGCAGUAUUACACAGAGAGAAUUACCCAGCUGGCCCUGAGUAAAUAUUUACACAUGCUUAGGUGGAAGAGGUUUUGUCAGCACAGUAAGAUCAUGGAACAGCUUUAUCCUCUUUACAAGAAACAAGUUGCGUACAUCAUGCAGGAGUACAGUGAUGCCCUUCAGAGAGCUGAAAGGUUGUCUGUUGCACAAGAAAACUUCCUUAUGGGAAAAAACAAUCCUCCUAACCUCGUGACACAGGAAGACCUGACUAUUUACACAAAGUGGUUAGUGUGUCACCUACACUCACUCAGGACUAUUCACCACUACCUACAGGCCCUCCAGUAUUUGCCCAUCUCCAAUGUGCUGAGUGCAGCUGUCAAUGAAGUACCCGAGGUGGGUCAGGAAAAUGAAAAGGCCCAUGUCAGUGACAUCAGUCCUGACCCCCAGGGCUUUGCAUCUCCAGGCCCUGUGAGUACCAGCAUUUCAGGGCCGAUGAGAACAGAAGCUGCUUUCGUCCUACCCCAACACACAACAGCAACAGAAGAACUGAAACCCCAGCUGAGGCUUCUGCUCUCCCAUUUCAAUAUCCAGUAUGACGUGGAGGAGCUAAGGGACGCUGCUAAGGAAAUAGAACUUUUUUCCAUGGUUUCCCAGAAAUUUCAUAGCAUCUUCAUGGAGCAACAGAGAAUGCAAACAUUUCCAGACUAUGAUACUGGGAAAGCUAACGUGGAAAAUUUUGAUUUGCCAAGACCUGGGAUGGCCUUGAAAAAGAGAGCCGACUGGAUUCCCUUUAUAAAGAUUAAGCCAAAAUGUGAUCCUUGGCAAAAGAAGCUUUUGUCCAAACUGAAAGAACGAAGAAGAAUAGAUGUAUUAAUGCAACUCCAAGCAAAGUUUUUGAAGAUUUCCAACCCUGAGCGAGUAAUGCAAGUGCUCCAAGAUCAUGCUGCAAAGACAAUCACAUUGGCUCCGUCUCUUCCAACUUCUGUGGCUUCCCCGGGUUUGCUUCAGUGCAACUAUGACCAAAUCUGGGAGAAUAUUUAUAGCAACAUCAAUCUCUACCAGAAUGAAAAUAUGAAAGAAGAUGACCUUUCGAUGGAACAAAAUGAAAAUGACCUAGCCCAAAUAAGUCUCAGCCAACGUGCUGAGGCACUCAUCAAGCAGAAAAAAGAAACAGGGUACAGCUAUGCAAUGGCCCUGCAACUUCUGGGCUUGGAUGAUGGGCCUGGGCCCAGCGAUAGGGAUCCUGUCCUGAUGAGAGGCGCCUACUUGUCCUUUCUGUACCUGCGCCACCUGAGAAUCAGGGAGCUGCAGCGCAUCUGCUUAGGAAUUCUGAACUACUUCAGAUCUGUUGAACGAACGCUGACAAUCAACACUUCAGGCCUUACCUUGGUUGCAGGGAGCCUGGUCCCCACCAUAGAUGAUAGUUCUUGGGUAAAUAUGGCAAAAGGAGGCGUGGGCACCUUCCAAGGCCUAGGAGCUCACCACUACAUCCAUGGGUCACCUGCUGAGCACAAGGUCCACAGUGUCCAAUUCCUGGAGUUCUCAGAAGUGGAGAACCAUGAUGACUACUACAGCAUAAGAGCUGGCUACAUCUACACCCAGGACCAGCGAGGGGUGCAUGUCAUGUAUGAUGAAGCUUUGCGGGAUCUGAAGGAACUGGAGACAGAACUUCUGCUUAUGGCCAGCCAUUACAUUGAGAAAGAAAAAGCUUCUCGACAGUUACUUUGAAGCCUACCAGCAUGUGUUGGACCCGGAGGAGAGGUUUGCCUUAGCGCAAGUGAUCGCUGACAUCAUGCACAGGUGCCCAAGGUUUGACCUCAGCCACCCAUAUUUCAUUAAGGCCUACCAAGACGAGUG